GGCGCCGCGGCGGGAGGGGGAGGAAGAGGAGGGAGAGGAGCGAGGAAGAGGCCCGGGGCGGGCAGCCCCCGGGGUCGGGCCGCGCCGGCCGGCCCAGCCGCUUAAAUGCAACCCCUGGGGCAUCGGCUCCUCUCUGAUGAGACCGCUCCGGGGCUGCCGGGGACGGGGCGUCGUCGUGGGGACCGUCACCCUCUGCCUGGCCGCCGGGUGGGCUCUGCAGACUCCCGGAGGAGUAUCGUUAGUUGUCCCACAACCCAACAUCAACGCAACAGUGGCACAAAACAUCCUCCUCUCAGUUGAAUACUCUUGCAGGGGCAUCGCCACCAUUGAGUGGAAGCACGUGUCGAGCUGGGGCACCACCAAAAUUGUUGAGUGGAAAAGUGGGAAUUACGUCAACAUAUCCACGGUCUACAAGGACAGAGUAACAACUUUUGAAAAUGGCUCUAUACAGCUUCUGAACGUGGGCAUGAGAGAUGCCGGCUACUACUUUAUCACUGUAACGGAGGAGUAUGGAACCAACACUUAUGGCACCAUCAUAGUCAACGUUUAUGAGAUUAUCUAUGAAGAUUUACAUUUUGUAGCAGUUCUCUUUGCAUUUCUCGCUGCAGUGUCUGCCAUUUUGAUCUGCUUCAUGUGGCUGUGUAAUAAAUCUCUGCAUCUAUUUCAGAAGAAGACGGCACACAAACUAACAGCAAGUACAACUGAAGAGAUUGAAUUGGAAACCAUUGAGUGUUAGCCAAGGACUGUCUAAUAACAACAAAACCAAUUCUACCUCAGGAUAAAGUAUUGGCAAAGAAAGCGAGAAGAAACCUAAAAGGUAAAAUGUUUGUGACUACUGUAGAAACAUCCUGACUUGCAAACUAAUUAGACAUUAAAUCAGCAAUGUCUGAUGGAGCUGUUUUGACCUGUUAAGUUUUCUGCUCUGCUAGCCAAGGUCAAAGAAAAAAAGAAUAUUCUUCCAUGCUGAGCACAAACACAUUUUUCUGGCUAAUUAAUAAAAUCUACAGCCUCUACCACUCUGAAAAACAACCACCCAACCAACCAAGCCUCUAAGAUCAACCCAUAAAGGAAAUGAUCAUGGUCUUGAAGGACACCUGUUUUCUGGCUACAGCAAGUCUCCUAUUACAGACAGAACGGCCAUUAGCAUCCUUCAACAUAAUAAAUUUAAUGUCUAAUUACAGUAUUACAUUAAAAAAUUAAUUGCAAGGAUUGAAUCCUGUUUAUUGCACCUGUGCUGCUACUUUUGGGCGUAAAGGAAUUUCCUGAAGCUCUGAAGACAAACUAAUUCUUCAUGAGACAAAACUGACUUUGAAACAGUGCCGAGCUGGUCAAAGUUCCCCCACUUACAUUUCCAGUUGUUUACGCUGCCCCUGGGUAUUAACACACAUUUUAUGACAUUACUAGAGAAGGUUGUUAAACAAGGAACCAUGCACAGGCACUGAAGAGGAUGCCAUCUGUAAUGAUUAGAGGGGUCAGAUAAAAUACUGACACCACGCCGGUGGGGUAGCAAAAUACUGAACAGUUUCAUUGUGAAAGAUGUCGAGUCCUUUGCAAACUUAGCCCACUGAUGAAUAGUCUAUCUGGGAAAAAAUGUUAAAACAGCAUUACUUUGAAAUUUAGUAUUUAUAAAUACAGUUCUGAAAUUGCUCUUGUUGAGAAGCCACCUUUGCUUUCCUAUGUUAUAAGAAAACACGAAGUGAUCUAACUAAUGUCUUCUUGAAUCUGCAUAUUGCACUUACAUUUUCCACCUGCAAAUCUGCUGGGUGGAAUAACAUUUGCUUUUGUGAGUGAGAAAGCACUAAACUGACUGAGCUUCGAAUUAUCCUGUUUUGCUUUUGUAACGAGAAGAAUUUUGCAGUGUGAAAUAAACUUUGAAAAUGUAAGAGACCA